GAGAAAGAGAUAAAGCGAGCGAGGCGGUGGGCGGGGCGUGUGGGCGUGACGUCACCCCCCAGCAGCCGCUUCUCCUUUUAAAGCCGCUGGCCGGACAGACGGACAGACAGCACUUUAAAUACCUCGCAGUGUCUGUAACGGGACAUUUGACAGCUGAGAGCACCGGGACGCGUUCAGGUCUGAUCGGACGUUUUUUUUUUCUUUUUUCUCCUCCUUUUUGUUCCCUCCUCCUCCCGCUCCUCGGAUGGAGCUGCAGAAAUCCCCCCACAGCGUGCACCGCCGCCGGGACUGAAGCUGAGCGCCGCUCGGUGUCUUUUCUAAGACCAUCAUUUUGAUUUGGUCGUCCUCUCCGUCCUCUCUGUCUUCCAGCAGGCCGCCGUCUCCUCCGUGACUCUCUGUUCCCAUGCGAUUCUUCAGACUCACAUUCAAGUGUUUCGUGGAUUGUUUUUGAAGGUCGCUGCACGAUUUUCGGUGUAAUUCCCUUUAUUUUUUUAUUUUCACAUUUUUUUAUUUUAUAAUUUCUUCUCUGAUUCGGAAACAAAAGGAAAUGUCUCCUGAUUAUUCCUAGACAAUUUGAAUUUGUGUCCUCGUUUUGUUUUCUCUCUUAAAAAACACAUUAAAUCUGUUUUCUUCUGGAAACAAUUUGGAUUAAUAAAUAAAACUGAAACCGAUUCUGGAUCAUUCAGCUCCGGCUCAUGUGAUCCACGAUCCUCGCGCAGCUCGGUGAUCAUAAUAAUAUAAUAAUAAUAAUAAUAACAAUUGUUUGCAUUAUUAUUGGAUCAGAAGGAAGCAGCAGACUGACCGGGACGAACCUCAACCUGCUGACUGACUGACUCAUCUGUUUGUGGGACGCUGAGAAGGUGAGACAGACAAAGAUUUUAAAGUCUUUAAAGGGACAAAAAAAGCUGCAAAAUUUAAAGAGAGAAAGAAGAAGAUCUAGACUGAAAUAACUUCUGCAGCCAACCAACCUUCUCUGACUGGUCUGUUACUGGUUUCUAACUGGUUUUUGUGGAAGAGGUGAACUGAAGGUGAGGAAGAAACAGUUACAUUAGAAAAGAAGAGAAGAGAUCUGAACUCAUAAAUUAACAAAACGUUAUAAAACUAAACAGACAAAAGUGACUGAAAUUCAACCAGUGCUGACUGCUCCUUUUGUGACUGGUUUGUUACUGGUUUUGAACUGGUGUCUGACUGGUUUUUGUGACUGGUGGGGGAAAGACCCGAUUCUAGUGAAACUGAACAGAAUCCUGCAACAAUUAAAGGUAAACCAAGAGAUAAACUGGGAUCCACAGCUGAUUGUUAGCCUUACUGACUGGUUUCUGACUGGUUUGUUAGUGGUUUUAACUGGUGUCUGACUCAUUUUUUUGGUGAGUCUGUCCAGCUGUUGGAAAGACCUGAUUUUGGAGGAAAGAAACUAAAUAAAUUUGAUUAAAAUUUGCAGGAAUUAAAGGGACUCCGAGGCAGACAUAGACUGAAAUUUUGGAGCCCUUACUGACUGGUUUGUGACUGGUUCCUGACUGGUUUGUGACUGGUUCCUGACUGGUUUGUGGACUGUGAAUGAUGGAGAAGCAGGCCCUGCCAGCCUCCUCCUGCUCUCUGGUUCUCAUGGAGGAGACCAAGAAGAGCCACCUCCUCCUGUCUAACGGCGGCGGCGGUUACCCUCCCGCGGCUACUAACGGCAGCCUCGUGCCGGUGGCGGGAUCCGCCAGCAGUGGUGGCGGAGUCGUGGGUGGUGCUUGUGCUGGACCGGACAAGAAAGGAGGCGUCGUCACGGGCGCGGGGCCAGGAUACCAGGAGCGAGAGACGUGGACGCGGCAGAUGGACUUCAUCAUGUCCUGCGUGGGCUUCGCCGUCGGCCUCGGCAACGUGUGGAGGUUCCCCUACCUGUGCUACAAGAACGGAGGAGGCGUCUUCCUGAUCCCCUACCUGCUGAUCGUGUUCGUCGGAGGAAUCCCCAUCUUCUUCCUGGAGAUCGCUCUGGGUCAGUUCAUGAAGGCCGGCAGCAUCAACGUCUGGAACAUCGCGCCGCUCUUCAAAGGUCUGGGUUACGCCUCCAUGGUGAUCGUGUUCUUCUGUAACACCUACUACAUCAUGGUGUUGGCGUGGGGCUUCUACUACCUAAUCAAGUCCUUUAACUCCAUCCUGCCCUGGUCCACCUGCGACAACGAGUGGAACACACCCAACUGCAUCGAGAUCUUCCGUCACCCGGACUGCAACAACGCCAGCCUCGCCAACCUCACCAUCAGCGGCAACAUGACCUGCGCCGAACUGGCGGACGCCCGAUCGCCCAUCAUCGAGUUCUGGGAGAACAAAGUGCUGAACAUCUCGUCUGGUCUGGAUCAACCCGGAGAGAUGAACUGGGAGCUCAUGUUGUGUCUGGUGACCGUCUGGGUUCUGGUUUACUUCUGCGUCUGGAAGGGAGUCAAAUCCGCCGGAAAGAUCGUGUACUUCACGGCGACCUUCCCCUACGUUGUUCUCAUCAUCCUGCUGGUCAGAGGAGUUACGCUUCCUGGAGCCUACGACGGCAUCAUGUACUACAUCAAACCUAAUUGGUCCAAGCUGCAGGAGGCUCAGGUUUGGAUAGACGCCGGUACGCAGAUCUUCUUCUCCUACGCCAUCGGACUCGGAGCUCUGACCGCUCUGGGGAGCUACAACCGCUUCAACAACGACUGCUACAAAGACGCCUUCGUCUUGGCUCUGAUCAACAGUGGAACCAGUUUCUUCGCUGGUUUCGUGGUGUUUUCUAUUCUGGGCUUCAUGGCCGCCGAGCAGGGAGUCGACAUCUCGCAGGUCGCUGAGUCAGGUCCAGGUCUGGCCUUCAUCGCGUAUCCGAAGGCGGUCAGUCUGAUGCCGGUGGCUCCGCUCUGGGCGGCGCUCUUCUUCUUCAUGCUGCUGCUGCUGGGACUGGACAGUCAGUUCGUCGGAGUGGAAGGUUUUAUUACUGGAAUUCUGGAUCUGUUUCCUGGAAAAAACUACCAUCGUUACAAGAGGGAGAUCGCCGUGGCGAUAUGCUGUUUACUGUGCUUCAUUAUUGAUCUCUCCAUGGUGACGCAGGGAGGGAUGUAUGUCUUCCAAUUGUUUGACUACUAUUCGGCCAGUGGAAUGACUCUGUUGUGGCAAGCAUUCUGGGAAUGCAUAGUAGUUGCCUGGGUCUACGGUGCUGACCGCUUCAUGGACGAUGUAGCUCGUAUGAUUGGCUACCGGCCCUUCCCCUGGAUGAAGUGGUGCUGGUCCUUUAUAACUCCGUGUGUCUGCAUAGGCAUCUUUCUGUUCCACCUGGUGAACUACAAGCCGCUGACCUACAACAACAUGUACGUGUAUCCGUGGUGGGGCGAGGUGAUUGGCUGGUGCCUGGCUCUGUCCUCCAUGCUCUGCAUCCCCGUCAGCGUCCUCUACAAACUCUUCAGAGCCAAGGGAACCUUCAGAGAGCGCUGGGCCCACCUGACCACUCCGGUGUGGGGGGUCCAUCACCUGGAGUACAUGGCCCCCGACAUCAAGUCCCUGACCUCGCUGUCUCCAGGCACGGACGACAACAAGGUCAUCAUCUUCGAGAGCGUCAUGUGAGCCGGGCUCCUCCAAUCGCAGCACUCCAUCUCCAUCCAUCCAUCCAUCCAUCCGUCCGUCCGUCCGUCCGUCCUCCACCUACAACAAGAUGGCCGACACCUCAUCUCCCCCAGUGCACACAACCUUCAGAUUUACCUCCACUCAGUACCAGGCCUCGGAAAGGACUCCUUUAAGAGGAUCGAUCCCGUCGGUCUCCCUCGAUCGAUGGAUCAUCGGGUCUGUUGGGAUCGAUUUAAUUGAUCGCUCCUCCGAACGUCACCAGGCAGACCAAAGAGGAUCUCUAAUACCUGUAAAGGAUGGAAUAAGGGAAUGAGGGAGCUCCUCCAGGAGGGUGGUUUUAAUUACGGCAACAACAAAUCCAUCUUUCUCCAGAUUAAGACAAACUAUUGUGAUUAAAACCAGCAGCUCACUGGGUUCUUUAAGCGUAAAGGGCUUCGAUUUCAACGGUUGUCAUGAGGAUAAUGUAAAUAUUGACUAUUUAAAUGACAUUUAACAAAAAAAACCCAUAAAAUACAGGAUGUGGGUAAUCCCAAAUUUAAUGCAAAAAUAACCAAAACCCUGGAGGGGCUGAAGAGGAACGGAGUCUCACUGUGUUCAAAAAAAAAAAAAAGCUGCUGAACGUCUCCCGUCAAGCGGAUGUUGGGGUAUCGAUGCAAUCUUGUUUUGGGUGUUGGGCGGGUGGAUUCAACAUGCAGACACACACACAUUUACAUACCUGAUAGACGGCCAUUACACACACACACACACACACAGCCUGUCAUUACUCAUCAUCAUACUAACAUUAAACAGCAGCUAACGAACGCUGAUUUUUUUUUCUUUGCACCACAACAUCUGAGCUCAAGAGUCGAAACUAGUUUGUGUCAAAUUGAAACUUUUCUAAAUUCUAAAUUUUGUGACCAUUCAUGGAGCUGUGUGGGUGUAAUGGCUGUUUAUUAAGACAGAGUUCUAGACAGACAGACUGACUGAACCCCCAGAAAAAUUACCAGAGGUUGUUUGUGACGUAUCAGGACUCGGGAACGAUCGAGAAGGGUUCAAAUCCUGGAGGUUUGGUUGCUCUGACACACUAAAACAAAACACUUUGUGGCUUUUAUUACCACACAAACUAUAAUAAUUUGGCAACAGGACUGAAGUGUGAAAGCAGGUUCGAUCGCUCAUGAGUUCCUGAUACGACGCAACCAAGAGGUCCAUGAACGCAUCACGCUGCCAGGAAGCCAAAAACUUGAGCUCAGCGAGUCCUGAACGCAUCGUCAGACUGUUCCGGUUUAACGAGUCUUAUAUGUCUUUACGCCUGUUUGUCAGCACUUUACGUGACACUUUGAUUGUCGAAGCCUCUCAUUGAUCUAAAUUCUAAAAACCUGAUGUUUCGGUUGUUUCGACAUAUCGGCGCCGCUCUCUUUCCUUUCAGUCCCGAAGCUAAAAUACUGUGAAUCACCAGCUCCUGCUAUCGAUCCCAGAACCGUCCUGAGCAGCGUGUGUUUCCUGUCUGACCUCUGACCUCUGAUCUGUUAUCGACAGUCACACCGAGGCUUGAUUCACUCAGGCGACAAUAGAUCUGAUUUUUGGAAGGAAGGGUCCAGUGUGAAUUCAAUUGUUCCCUAAAUGUGUUUUUUUUUUCAUAUUAAAUGUUUCAACAGCUGAAUGUUUUAAAAAAUCACUUUUUCCAAACCUCCGAGUCCAAACAGCGUCAAAAAACCACUUCUAACAGAGUCGGUGAAGGUGAUUCAUCGCCGAGGAGGAGCUUGUUGUUUCCGAAGCUUUCAAACUCUCGAGCCUCUUGGAAUCUGCUGAGGAAGGCCACAAGGGAUGGGUGAAAGCUUUGGAAACAAAAGGCGAAGUUCAGGAACAACUUAUUCAAGCUGCUGUUUCUCUCAAGAAUGAACCUCGCAGCUCGAGUCCGGUUUCCUAGGAAAAGUAAGAAGGGCAACAAAACAGUCUCGACUCAAAAGGGUCCGUUCACUGAGCUCUCUACAAUAUCACACCAGGGACUUAAUUACUUCACUUACUAUAUCGGUUAUGGAACAAACACUCUCUCCUUCCAGCUUCUUGAUUUUUUAUGUGACCGUAAACUGAAUAUCUUUAUAUUUUGGAAAGUUGGUCGACCAAAACGAACAGGCUUUUGGUAAUUAUGAUUUGUCACUAUUUUACCCCUACAAACAGGUUAAUUCGGCCAUUUUCACAUUUAAAAGUAAGUUAAAUCCUGAAGUUAAGACUGUUUUAUCAACAGAAAAAACACAUAUUUUAAACUGUACCUGAUGUUGCAGCCGUCAGCAGAUGAAGCUCAGAGUUACAGCCUGUGAAAAGAGACUAAUUAGAAGUUAAUUAGACACAGUUCAGCUUCAGACAGCUGCAACUAAGACAAAACAGUCAAAAUAUAAACCACUGAGACUGAAUUCACACUGGAUCUGACCUUUAACCCCUUCAUAUUUUUCGUAUCUGACCUCCUCCUGUCCGAGGUGUGGGGGGGGGGAGGGUUCAGGCCUGUGUCCGAAUCGGGUCAAAGGUCGGGCUUCGUUCAAUGCGUCCCCGGGUCGACUGAAGUGCCAAACGGAGCGAUUCUCGCCCUGCUAGGGCUGAUCCCAGACCAGGGCUCCAGGCUGCCAAUAUCAACCUGUUCACUCUUCUCUUCUCUCUCUGCCUCGUCUCAUCGGUCUCGUUAACGCUGCGGUCCUCCCGCCAAACAUCACGCCACCUCCUCCUCAACAGCUCCACAUGACGACGGUACCAACAUCUGACCUGUAAAGUUGCCAUUUUUUUACAUUUGUGCCACAAUUUUUUUUUUUUUCCUCACUAGACACUGAAUUGGACUGUAACACUGGUUUCCAGGACAAGCUUUAAGCCUUGUUACAUAUAAAUAAAGGAUGUUUUUCACUGAA